AUGCCUGCGCCCGACAACACAAUUCAGCUUCUGUUUGCAAGUUUAUACAAUUCUACUGGAUUUCAAUUGCAGUUCUGGAUUGCUCAAGGUGCAACCAAGUUUUACAUAUACGUUCAUUCGAUGGCACCUGAAGUGAAUGCAUUAUUGCGGGUUUAUGAGAAAUCUGCCGAAGUGGAUGUCGAGCGUAUCAACUGGGCCCCGCUGCCAACGGCAGGUGAAAUUAUGGACGAUAGCGAUCCCAAUUUAAGGAUUUAUAGGACAGAGGUAUUGCUUCAAUUUUUAUUUUGCUUGCCUACUUGGACUCACCAGGUGGCCCCGCCCAAGCUAAUCCAAAGCAUUCUCCAAUGUCCAUCAUUCCAGGUUGUUACCUCGAUCAACGACUGCAUAUUGCGAAGUCGUAGCCAUACAAAAUAUUUGGUCUCGGCAGAUCUCGAUGAAAUCAUUGUUGCUCGCAAGGAGGCUUCGUUGCUCAAAAUGCUUGACAAAGAACAAAAGCUUUCAAAUAAAUCAAGAGGAUUUAUAAUUCGCAGCAGUUACGCGCUCUACGAGGUUUACUCUCGCCCGUUCAAAUGCUUUUACAGCUAUUUUUGA